CUGAAAUAAAAACAAAAAAUAAAUAAAAUCUGGCUAAAAUAAAUAAAUUAUUGUAUAAAAUACAUUACUCGUGAAAAAAUACAGAAAACUAAACACUACGUUAUAAUAAAUAAACUCUACGUUAUUUUCCAAUUUUUGGAUUUUACCUACUCUACAAGCAUACAUCUUGUAAUGAUGCAACUGAUGUGAGAGUGUGAGAUGCUGCCUCUGCGUUUGCGCCGCGUUUCCGGCCACGAGGGGCGGCUCAAUGACACCCUGUUCCAGCCGGCGACGCGGCCCGCCCUCGCCUCGCAGACCCUCGUUUACUUCGGGGGUGAUGUUCAGGACUAUCCGGAAGUAAUGCAAGCUCAUAGAGACAACAGGAACUAUGUGAAGUGGAACUUGGAGAAUACUGCUCGCAUGCUGGGCCGGUACUUCCCCAACAAACAUAUAUUGGUUGUGAGACCCUCUAGGAUAGAGUACAAGAGUUUUAGUUGCUAUGACAACUUCGUGCCUAGUAACAACGCGGGCGUGCCCGACCACACCCCCACGCACAGCGCCCUCCACCACCUCGAGAGAUUAUUACAAGGUGUCGGCAAUAGAUUAAAAGCUAUGCCUGCUUCGGAGCUGCUCGAAGCAGUCACCUCUGUCAGUUUGCCAGAAGACAUCGAUAUAGAAGACUUACAUAACGCUGCUGUUCACCACGGUGAACAUAGCAAGUCCAACGGCUCCACCAAAACUGAUGCGGUUCAGAGCGGCGCGCAGGCCACAGAGUGUGAACACAAGCCUGACAGUAUGGUGGAGCCACUGUGGUGGAGGGACAACCUCGCCCUGGACGAGAGCCGCCUGACGCUGGUGGGGUUCAGCAAGGGCUGCGUGGUCCUCAACCAGCUCAUAUACGAGUUCCACUUCACCAAAACACUCACGCCGGGCGACGCACACAUGAUGAGGUGA